AUGCUCAUAACUGGUGAAAUGGAAGGAACAUAUGGUUGGAUUACUGUAAAUUAUUUGAUGAAUGGAUUUAUUAAUGAUAAUGGUAAACCAUAUAUUGCCAAUAUAUCAUCAGAAAAACCAGAUUUGGACGUAGAUUUGGAUGAAAUUGAAAAUGCAAUGUUUCAAAUCAGCAUGGCUGGUAAGUUAUUGCAUGAGAGAAUUGACGUUCUAAAGAUAAUUGAUUCGGGUGGACCACCUUUCCAAGGUAUAAAUAACAUUAAUAAUAUAGCAGUGAGUUGGGCUCUUGGUAAAAUGGUUUUAGAAGCUUCAGCAUCAAUAAAAUCAUCAGAGAUGAUACCACCACCACUUCAUCCACAAGGGAUAAAAAUUAGUAUAGCACUUCUUUAUUCAUUGUUUGAUAGAGAUGGCAAGAAUAAAGAAAUGGACUAUAGAGGGUUAGAGAGCAGUGGUCAAUAUUUACCAUCCAUUUCAUUUUCAAGGCAAAUUUUCAAUGCUUUAAAUAGAGGAGUUAACAAGUUGAAAUGGUGGACUUACAGGUUGACAUUGCCAUUAAGACAAAAAAACCUUCUAUGGAUUCAUUGGAAAUUAAUUCAGUUACAGUAA